AAGGCAAGCACACGUCACGCACUUGCUUCCUCGGCCGAUAGAUGGCUCUGUCCCAUGUCAACAUGGAGAAGCGGGCCUUCCUCCUGUCACAGCUGAUUCAGCGGUUGCAACGUCAGAAGGAACCGAGGGAAGGCCAGCUUUUUGGGUUUCGCACAGACGAUGGACGGUUACUGGCCAUUGCUCUUUGUACAAAUCAUGGGAACUUGAAACAUGACAAAUCUCUAUUACUUCCGGCACCUCUUACACCUAUUGGAAAGUUUGAAGUUACCAAAGGAGAUCAUUCCAAACCUGAAAUAGAGGAAAAUGAGAUAGCUGUCAUAUGGGACCAAGAAGAUCUUCAUGUGUAUGUUUCCGAGGACCAACAGAUAUCGACAACCUGCUUUACUGAACUGACUGAAGAGGACCUGAGUGAACUCUUUGUUUUGGCCCGAAUCAACUUCACCCUUGACCUUACAUCAAGGGACACAGUUGUGUACAUCAGCAACACAAUCCAAACCUUGGUUGAACAGCUUGAGUCACCAUCAACUUGUUUCAGGUUACAAGAUUCCACACUUAUUUUACAGAACAAGGACGGGGGUGUGUUGAGUUUAGAAAAUCAGGGUGGCAAGGGUAAUGUUGACAUUGGAUCUUUAAUUAAGGGUGCCAAGAAGAAGAAGGCAUCAAUGCACAUUGUUAAUUUCCAGAUGUUGCAGAACAGAAGUACGGUAACCUGUAGAAAUGCACCUGUGGUACGGAUAGAUAAUAGAAAGUCCGGGAUCCUAUCUACUCACUUUAAAGGGGAGGCAAUUGUGUAUUUACAAAAGUCUUGUAAAGUUUCAAAAGUUGCAGCACUUUUGGUACAAGGUGUGAUCCAGCAGUUGCAUUUAGCUGAAUGUUGGCUUGAUAGACAGCUAAAAGAUAAGUUGUGUGGCAACCUAACAUCAUAUAAUUCCUUACAUUUUCUCUCUGGCCAUGUAGUAAAUGUGAUAUACCCAGAGAACAGUGAUGACAAGAAUUUAGAAACGUACAGGAAAGAUGUACAUGAAGCUUUGAUGUUUCCAAUGAAUCAGCCAAUGGUGAGGAAGGGAAACAGGCUGCCAAUAAUAGAAGCCAAGUCCUCUGUUUUGAAGAAUACACAUAUUGGGUUGAAGCCAUCAUCAGUGUAUGGAGAAAUCUCAGUUGUUAAGGGAAUUUAUGGAUAUCAUCACUACAUGCAGGAUAAUUUUAACGAUAAUAAGUGGGGUUGUGCCUACAGGUCCUUACAGACACUAGUAUCUUGGUUUAGAUUCCAAGGUUACACAGAAAAGUCCAUUCCAACACAUUCAGAAAUUCAGAAAUGCCUUGUUGACAUAGGGGACAAACCAUCAAGCUUUUUAGAUUCCCGUCAGUGGAUAGGAUCAACUGAAGUUGGAUUUGUUUUGGAUAAUAUGUACAAUAUCACUUCAAAGUUUAUUUUUGUCAGUAGUGGAGCAGAUUUGGCAGAAAAGGGAAGGGAAUUAGCACAUCAUUUUCAGACUCAGGGUACCCCUAUUAUGAUUGGAGGAGGGGUCUUGGCUCACACUAUCAUUGGAGUAGACUACAACACAGAGAGUGGAGACAUCAGCUUCCUCAUUCUAGAUCCCCAUUAUACAGGUAGUGAAGAUCUUUCCACUAUCCAAAACAAAGGUUGGUGUGGAUGGAAGGGUCCAGAAUUCUGGGAUCCCAAAGCAUAUUACAAUCUUUGUUUACCCCAGCGUCCUUUGUGCAUCUAGUUUACCCUAAGGAAGAGAGUUCGAGUGCGUUUAAUCUGUGGUAAAGAAGAAUUUUUUGAGUAACAUUUUUGUGUGUAGGAAGACUGGAAAAAUGAUGGAACACUUUUGGUGCAAUCGACCUAAAAGAAACUCCAUUCGUUGCUUAAAAAAUGUUUGACUCAGGAUUUUUUUUUUUUUUUUUUUUUUUCAUUUCAUUAUUAGUUCAUCUUAUGUAUUUACAUCAGUCGAUUUGUCAGGAAAAUUUAAUUGGUGUCAUGUUAGUUUAGUUGUUCAUGCUGUGUAUUUAAUCAGCUUUUGAUAAUUUUAUUUUCUUAGCUUGCCAAUUUGCCAUCAAUUAGAUUGUUGUCAUGAAUGUUAAAGUCGUAUUCUUAUCAAUCAACAAGCUUUGCAACCAUAGGGGAAUUUUGAAAGAAAUAGUUAUCAUGUAAACACUGUUUAGUGUCCUGUUAUUUGUAUUUCAGAUGUUUUUGGUAACAGAUAGCACUGUUACAUUUAUAUUUAUUGUUAUAUUUAUAAUUUUUACAAAUAAAUAACUGUGGUGAUGGAAAACCCAACUAGUUUUAUAUAAUUCAUAACUUGUGAGCUUCAGGAUAAAUGUAUGGAUUCAGAUGUCAAAAUAUAACAGUAAAUACAAUUUC